UGGGGGAAAAACGCACACCCAGGCACGGAGCUCGUCGGAGCAGGAACAGCGAGGAGCCGGGAGUGCAGCCGCAGGCAGCGGGGAGUGGAAAUUUACAGCUGCUUGUGAGCGCCUGUGCAUGUCCAAGUGAUCCUUUUUGCUCACGCUUUUCCAGAGGCUGACGGUCGCUCGGCAGGAGAAGAGCGGAGGCCAAAUCGCGGGAUUCCUGGCCUCUGCCGCUUAUCGGUGAUCGGCGGGGGAGAAUAAAGCGGAAUUAAAUGGAAGAUCAUUGAAGUCGGCUGCUGGCGGCGUGAGCUGCGGGGAGGCGGCAGAGCUGUCUUCAGCACCUGGCCAUGGGGCUGCGCUGGGCUGCCUAGGAGCCCCCACCUUUCCGCUCACAGUAGUCGUCUUGUAUCCUGAAGGAAGAAAUCCAGGUGAAGAAAGACCAUGCCUUUGUUUAGUAAAUCGCACAAAAAUCCUGCCGAGAUUGUGAAAGUUCUGAAAGAAAACAUGGCCAUAUUGGAAAAACAGGAAAAAAAGACAGACAAGGCAUCUGAGGAAGUGUCAAAAUCCCUGCAAGCAAUGAAGGAAAUUCUGUGUGGAACCACAGACAAAGAGCCACCCACAGAAAUUGUGGCCCAGCUGGCACAAGAGCUCUACAACAGUGGCCUUCUAGUGACGCUUAUUGCCAACCUGCAGCUGAUAGAUUUUGAGGGCAAAAAGGACGUUUCCCAGAUAUUCAACAAUAUCUUGAGAAGACAAAUUGGCACACGCAGCCCUACUGUGGAAUACAUUAGUGCCCAUCCACAUAUCCUAUUCAUGCUUCUAAAAGGGUAUGAAUCCCCAAAUAUUGCCUUACGUUGUGGAAUAAUGCUGAGAGAGUGUAUCCGUCAUGAACCCUUGGCCAAAAUCAUACUAUUUUCAGAACAGUUCAGAGAYUUUUUUAAAUAUGUGGAAAUGUCAACGUUUGAUAUUGCUUCUGAUGCCUUUGCUACAUUCAAGGACCUGUUAACACGACACAAAUUGUUGGUGGCAGAAUUUCUGGAACAAAAUUAUGAUGUAAUCUUUGAGGAUUAUGAAAAACUCCUUCAUUCUGAGAAUUAUGUGACAAAGAGACAAUCUUUGAAGCUUCUGGGUGAACUGAUUCUGGACCGACACAACUUUGCCAUCAUGACAAAAUACAUCAGCAAACCAGAAAACCUGAAGCUGAUGAUGAACUUGCUGCGAGAUAAAAGCCCCAACAUUCAGUUUGAAGCAUUCCAUGUGUUCAAGGUUUUUGUGGCCAGUCCAAACAAAACACAGCCUAUUGUGGAGAUCCUGUUGAAAAACCAACCCAAGCUAAUUGAGUUUCUGAGCAAUUUCCAGAAAGAAAGGACGGACGACGAACAAUUCACUGAUGAGAAGAACUACCUGAUUAAGCAAAUCCGAGACUUGAAAAAGCCAACAGCAUGAAGCACACCUCUUGUUUUCCACUGUAGGCAUUAACCUCAGUUCUUAAGUCCCUCCGUGUCCCUUAAACACCACAAUAGUGCUUGAGAAGGCACAGCAAGUGCCUGUUUUUUUUAUUUUUUUGUUCCUAGAUGUCAAGAGUAUAGGGGUUUUACAUGAGAACUAAAAAACCAAAAAUCUAGAAUAAUAUAUUAUUUUUAAUCAAGACUAAAUAAUUAUUUAUGUCAGUUUAGAAUCUCUCUGUAAGGGAAACCAGUUUGACAGUUUUUGGGGUUUUUUUGUGCUUAAGAAGAAUGAACUUCUUUGCUUAACUUUAUCAGCAAACUCAAGCUCUGGCAAGUGUACAGAGCAAAUGUUCCGAGGACUGUGAUGUUGUUCCUUCACACCUGCAGUUGUGUCUUGGUUCUAGCGCUGCACACACAGAAGACUGUGAAAGAGUACAUUGGUCUCCGGAGUUAACUGCACUUAUAGGUCAGGUUCUUUAGUCAAAACUACAAUAGAUGAAAAAGCAGUAAAGGUCACAUUUUUGCUUCAUUUUGUAUUCUUUCAUCUUUUUCUCCCCCUAGAUCAGAGGUUUUCUAUUCAAUGAGAAUAGAAAUGGCUAGGGAAUGGAUGAAUAUAUCAGCCUGACUUUCAUUCCUCUGUAUGUGAUCUGUUAUGCUAGAGCAUAGGCUCCCAAGCAGCCUCAUGAGAAGCAGCCCCACGUACAYGGUGCUCACAUGCUCUGUAAUGGGAAAAGACAAGGGCAACCCUCCAUCAAGGGCCAUGUUGUAUUGCUGAUAAAGUUAUCCUGCACCUAWGGAAACCAUCUGCAGUUGGUGGGUGGUAGCCAGAACUACUUGGCUGAAUUGUGACAAGGGCUGAGCCUCAGCACCAGAGUGAGAGGAGGGUCCUUAGUGUCUUUCCAUCUGAAUUCCAGUCCUACUGUGCAAGGUGGGGUUGCACUGAGUUCAGCAAGGGAACCAUGAAAAGGCCUCAGCCAGAUCUGCUGAGUGGGCUGAAGUCCCUGAGCCUGCAGGUGCUGUCUCAGCUGAAAGCAUUAACUGGAUACUUAAAUUGAGUCUGAGAUGCCACUGAGCAGCCCCAGGCACUAAAGGCCCCCUGUAAACUAGUGUUUUUUGUCCUUGUUCAUCCUGACACAAAUCAGGUUCUGCGUUAAAGUUGUAGAAGUGGAGGUUGUUGCACCAUUACCAUUUUAAGUUUAAUAAGCUCUAUGGGACAAACAGCGUUUCCCUGGUGAGUUUGAAGAGUUUUUGGGGUCUUUUGUUUUCUAGCAGAAAAAUGGUAUUCUGAUGCUUUAUUAGGAAGUGGAGUUUGAGAGCAGGGAGUGGAAAUUUCUUGUAUUUUUCUGGACGGAUGAAGUUCUGAUUUUUUCUAUGUGCUGUAAGAAAGUUCUCUAGCUAAAACUCUAGCUAAUACUUCAGGUAACAGGUGACACUGAAUUAUAAAAACAGAACAAGCCCUUUUUUUUCAUUUAACUGUUGUAUAUUGAGGUGACUGAUACUUUAUUUAUGUGCUUUAGAAAAGGGAAGAAACAGAUUGUGGUCUCGUGUUUUUUUCAGAUGUCAUUUACACACAACAAAUGUACAUCUUAGUUGCCUGGAAUUUUAAAACAACUAUUUACAAGCUAUUAAAGGCAUGAUUACUGA